UUUCUGCAUCACAGAAGUCGCUCGCUCUCUCUUGGCCCAUCCAUCCACAUCCAUCCAUGGCGGCGAUAGGCGGCCACCCUUACUCUCCAAGUGACCUGGAGCUCCCCGGUUUCGUGCCGCAGCAGCUUUCACCCCUCCAACUCGUGGUGCCCCUCAUAGGCACCUCCCUCUUGCUCAUCGCAGUGGUCUGGCUUGUCUCCGGCCAUGUCCUCAAUACUGGAAGAUCCGGCAGAUUAUCCAAGGCCGACCAUUUGCUCAUGUGCUGGUGGGCAAUCACUGGGUUGACCCACCUAAUCAUUUAAGCAUCCUUGCUCUUCACCCCCAAUUACCUUACCAAGGAAAAUCCAAGUUUUUUUGAUGAAAUAU